AUGUCUCGCCUUUCACCGUUCCCGACGUUCCGCGCCGAGUCCCGUGCCAGCGUCGCGGCCUCCGACACGACGUACCACACCUGCGCCUACCAGAGCUUCAACGACGUCGAGCUCUUCGCCCCGAGCUCGCCGCCCUCCAGGACCCCCGUUCCGGCACCGGCGUCGCCGCCCUCUUCCUCCCACCAGGACCCCUACUCUCGCCCGGACCACUACCCUCACCACAAGGACGUCGAGCCCGAGACGGCCGAGAUGCGCCGCCAGGAUUCCGGCUACGAGUCCCUCCCGCCGCGGUCCUCCUUCUCCAACCCGCGCCGCUCGUCGACGGCCUCGUCCUCCCACUCGUCCUCUAACCCUCGCUCCCGCGGCCGUCCGACUAUCCGCCGCGCGCCCAAGACGAGCCCGUACCCCACGGCCGCCCGCACCAGCGGCGGCAGCCUGUACCACCCGCAGCAGCGCCAGCACCUGCACUCGGCGCUCUCUCAACCCCCCGUGACCUUCUUCCACUUCCCGGCGCACCCCACCGACGUCGAGCUCGCCGCCCGGCGGCCCCGCGAGGACGUCGAGCUCGAGCAGCGCGUGCUGCUCCCGGCGGGGGCAUCAUCAUCGGCAUCAGCAGCAGCAGCAGCAGCCGCCUCCGCCUCCGGGGAGGAAGGGUCCGCCGACGUCGCGCCGCUGCCGCCGCAGGCAACGCACUAUUGGACCAGCGACCGGACGCGGCGGCUCGAGUACGCGGCCAUCGACGCCGCGAGCCGGGGCGUCAAGGGCUGGGUCAAGAGGCACCUGGUGCCGGACUGCUUCGUGCCCAAGGAGAAGCACGUCGCCUUCGACGACGACACGGGCAGCGUGCGGCGCUACCGCCUCGAGCUCGACGAGGAGGCGCCCUGCGAGAAGCGCGGGUGCGGCGGCCGCCGCAGGAGCUGGUUCGCGUGGAAGCGCUCCAAGACGGCUUGA